AUGAUAGAUACGUUUGUGUGUAUACUGUUUCGUUUAUGUACUACUCACCGCGAGCGCGUGCAGCGGCGCGCGCACGUCCUGGUGCAGGCGCGCGCGCGCGGCGCCGGCGGCGGCGAGGGGCGCGGCGGCGGCGCGGCGCCGGUCGAGCGCGGCCCUUGUACUACUCACCGCGAGCGCGUGCAGCGGCGCGCGCACGUCCUGGUGCAGGCGCGCGCGCGCGGCGCCGGCGGCGGCGAGGGGCGCGGCGGCGGCGCGGCGCCGGUCGAGCGCGGCCCUUGUACUACUCACCGCGAGCGCGUGCAGCGGCGCGCGCACGUCCUGGUGCAGGCGCGCGCGCGCGGCGCCGGCGGCGGCGAGGGGCGCGGCGGCGGCGCGGCGCCGGUCGAGCGCGGCCCUCGGCGCGCGCACGUCCUGGUGCAGGCGCGCGCGCGCGGCGCCGGCGGCGGCGAGGGGCGCGGCGGCGGCGCGGCGCCGGUCGAGCGCGGCCCUCGCGUGCAGCGGCGCGCGCACGUCCUGGUGCAGGCGCGCGCGCGCGGCGCCGGCGGCGGCGAGGGGCGCGGCGGCGGCGCGGCGCCGGUCGAGCGCGGCCCUCGCGUGCAGCGGCGCGCGCACGUCCUGGUGCAGGCGCGCGCGCGCGGCGCCGGCGGCGGCGAGGGGCGCGGCGGCGGCGCGGCGCCGGUCGAGCGCGGCCCUCGCGUGCAGCGGCGCGCGCACGUCCUGGUGCAGGCGCGCGCGCGCGGCGCCGGCGGCGGCGAGGGGCGCGGCGGCGGCGCGGCGCCGGUCGAGCGCGGCCCUCGCGUGCAGCGGCGCGCGCACGUCCUGGUGCAGGCGCGCGCGCGCGCCGGCGGCGGCGAGGGGCGCGGCGGCGGCGCGGCGCCGGUCGAGCGCGGCCCUCGCGUGCAGCGGCGCGCGCACGUCCUGGUGCAGGCGCGCGCGCGCGGCGCCGGCGGCGGCGAGGGGCGCGGCGGCGGCGCGGCGCCGGUCGAGCGCGGCCCUUGUACUACUCACCGCGAGCGCGUGCAGCGGCGCGCGCACGUCCUGGUGCAGGCGCGCGCGCGCGGCGCCGGCGGCGGCGAGGGGCGCGGCGGCGGCGCGGCGCCGGUCGAGCGCGGCCCUCGGCGCGCGCACGUCCUGGUGCAGGCGCGCGCGCGGCGCCGGCGGCGGCGAGGGCGCGGCGGCGGCGCGGCGCCGGUCGAGCGCGGCCCUUGUACUACUCACCGCGAGCGCGUGCAGCGGCGCGCGCACGUCCUGGUGCAGGCGCGCGCGCGCGGCGCCGGCGGCGGCGAGGGGCGCGGCGGCGGCGCGGCGCCGGUCGAGCGCGGCCCUCGCGUGCAGCGGCGCGCGCACGUCCUGGUGCAGGCGCGCGCGCGCGGCGCCGGCGGCGGCGAGGGGCGCGGCGGCGGCGCGGCGCCGGUCGAGCGCGGCCCUCGCGUGCAGCGGCGCGCGCACGUCCUGGUGCAGGCGCGCGCGCGCGGCGCCGGCGGCGGCGAGGGGCGCGGCGGCGGCGCGGCGCCGGUCGAGCGCGGCCCUCGCGUGCAGCGGCGCGCGCACGUCCUGGUGCAGGCGCGCGCGCGCGGCGCCGGCGGCGGCGAGGGGCGCGGCGGCGGCGCGGCGCCGGUCGAGCGCGGCCCUGUGUGUGUACUAGUGUACUAG